UAUAAUUACAAGUAGCUCGUUGUCUACGCUUCCUUCCACCCCUUCUGCCCCCUCUUUGCACCACAAGCGCUCGUCAUGCCCGGAGAUCAUGAGGAAGCGGACCACUACCACAUCCCGUUCCAUGACGAGCUCUCGUCGCUCUUCCCCCAGAAGCCCGCAGGCGGCGACGCUAACGACACUGGUUCGCUUGGUUUCGACCAGCAAGCGGAAUCGCCGCUGGUAAACUUCACCGACGCUUUCCGUGGCUCGAACAUGGACUACGGUGUGAUAGCUAGAGCUCUCGGUCUGUCGUGUCCGGCGCCGUCGAAGUUUCUACGUUCCGGUGGGACGGCGUCUCGUGAACUGAUGGUGGAUGUUGGCAAUGGUAGGAAGAGCUUGGUACCUUCGUUGGGUUGCAGUUUAGGCGCGACUCCGGUGACGCCUAACUCUUCGAUUUCCUCGUCGUCCACUGAAGCCGCCGGCGAAGAAGCUGCAGAACGGUGCAAGAAGGAUGAGAAGAAGCAGGGGGAGGAGCAGAAGAAACAGGCCAAGGGAGACGAGGAAGGAGGUGAUAAGCCGAAGACACUGAGCACAGCCAAGAAGAAAGCCGAGAAAAGGCAAAGGGAGCCUGCCUUCGCUUUCGUGACCAAAAGCGAGGUUGAUCAUUUGGAAGACGGCUAUCGCUGGAGAAAGUAUGGCCAGAAAGCAGUCAAGAACAGCCCAUAUCCAAGGAGCUACUAUCGCUGCACGACUCAGAAGUGCCCGGUGAAGAAGAGGGUGGAGAGAUCUUACCAAGACCCAAAGAUCGUGGUGACCACUUACGAAGGGAAACAUACUCAUCAGAGCCCCGCAGCAGUGCGAGGGAGCACACACCUAGCGGCACCUCCGACGACGAUGCCGGUGAGCUUCUACCAUGACCUUAUGAUGCAUCAAGUGCCCCAACUGAGCAAUACUUGCCAGCAAGGGAACAUAAACCCUAACAUGUAUCUGGCAAACCUACCGCCUUCUCUGCAGCAGCACCAAUUCCCUGAAUAUGGCCUCCUGCAAGACGUACUAUUCUCUUUUGAUCACGGCAGCCAGCCAUGAUAUGGUUGCACCGCAGUCUCGUGUUCUCGAUCUCCGUUGUUAUGUGAUACGUGAUCCUUUAGAACUCUUUGUACAUGCUUCAUGCUGCAAUAGUUUGUAAUAAUCUAGCUAACUAUCCAUGAAUUGAUGAAGCUAGCAAUGCAAAUGUAGUCCUUAUGACACACCCAGCGGCCAGUGGAAGAGCUUUCUUCUAGUUUGGGAAAGAAGAAGAUACAUCGUUCUGGCGAUGCAAAUGUCUUUAUUUGGCUGUUGGAUUUA